UAACGCAAAAAGACAUUUGUAACCGAACACGGAAGUCGUUCAAAGGAACUCCCGCGUAGUUUUCAUUGUUUGGAUAAAACCAUGUGCGUCUGAUAGAGAUGCAGUGUGUUUACAACCGAAUGACUACUAUGUCUAAACUGAAGAGGAAGAAAUUAUCAGUUGAAGAGAGUAGAUCCGAGCAGCACUCGAGGAUCAAGAAGUCAAACGAAAGUUUGUGCACAGUACAGGACAGUAGCUGCAGCAAAACAUCAACAGGGAGGGAGAGGUGGUGGGAGAGUUCUGAAUUAAGUGAUGUGGAGAGACUCUGGGCUCUUACCUUGAGAGCUCUAUGCCCAGCCCUGCAGUCAGAUCAGGAGGAACCUAUUCCACAGCUCCCCCCACCUUCAUCCACGAAAACUCCUGUACAAAAAGUAAGUGAUUGGAGGUGGUGCAAUGCAGAUGAAGAUGCUAAUCCCCCUCCAGAUCUGCCCGCUCCAUCUUUCCUCACUCACCCACAACCAGUGAAUGACUGCAAGAACCCUUCACACCCUCCAGCAGCAGAGAACAUGGGGGAAUCUGACCCACCUCCACUUGCCGAUCAAGAGAAUUAUAUAUCCUCACCUGAUCAGGAGAGUGUGUCAGUAUGUGACAUACAAACUACUCAGCAGCACCACCUAGAAGUCUGUGGCGUUGAGGGUCGUAAAUUGUCAGACAAACAGGGUGAUAAAUUUGGCGAAGCGGGUAAAGUCUCAGAAAUGCAAGAGCUUACAAUAGGAUCUGGAGCUGGAUUGGAUGCGGACUCAAGAGCAGGAGGAUCUGGAGCAGGAUUGGAUGCGGACUCAAGAGCAGGAGGAUCUGGAGCAGGAUUGGGUGUGGAAUCAAGAGCAGGAGGAUCUGGAGCAGGAUUGAAUGAAGGAUCAAGAGCAGAAGGAUCUGGAACAGGAUUGAAUGCAGGAUCAAGAGCAGGAGGAUCUGGAGCAGGAUUGAAUGAAGGAUCAAGAGCAGGAGGAUCUGGAACAGGAUUGAAUGCAGGAUCAAGAGCAGGAGGAUCUGGAACAGGAUUGAAUGCAGGAUCAAGAGCAGGAGGAUCUGGAACAGGAUUGAAUGCAGGAUCAAGAGCAGGAGGAUCUGGAACAGGGAAGGGUAUAAAAACAGGUGCAGGAGGAUCUGGAUCAGGGCUAGGAACAAUACCUGGAACUGAAGCAUCAGCAUCAGGCAUGGGAAUAAAACAAAAAGCAGGAGUAUCUGGAUCAGGGCAGAGAGCAAAUCCUGGAGCAGGAGGGUCUGGAACAGGGCAGCGGGCAAAUUCAGGAGUAAGAGGAUCUGGAUUAGGACUGGGAACAAAAUCUGGAGCAGGACAGGGAGCAAAAUCAGGACUUGAAGGAUCUGGGUCAGGGCUGGAAAGAAAUUCAGAAGCAGUUGGAUCUGGAUUGGGGCAAGGAAAAAAAUCAGGUCCAGAAGGAUCUGGAGCUGUGUCUGGAUCAGGACUGGAGUGCUGCCCAAUGUGUCUAAUGUCAUUUCCUGAAGGGUGUUUUGCAGAACAGCAACUCAAAUGAAGAAGCAGGGAAUGUGAUGUGCUGUCAUUGUAGAGUUGAUGCAUGUUCUAGAACACCGGAGACUAGAAGACUGAGAUCAGCUUUGGCAUUAGAGAUGUUAAGCUGUACCUUUAGGUAAAGCCAGAACAUACAUACGCUCACUCUCAUGAACCCCUUGGCAACACUUGUUUCACUAGGCUUUAAGAUGAAGUGUUGGUGGAUGGAAUCAUGAAUUCUAUCACCUCUUUUUAAAUGGGCAAAAUAAAAUUAGUCAUUUGUUGGAGAAAGACAUUUUAUUUUCCCUAAAUGAAAUGGAUUUGAGUGUUUGCGCCUUAGGUGCUGGUGGAGCACUCCGAGAUGGAUAUCGCAGCCACAGUUAUGUAACUCACUCCUGGACGUGAUGUCAUCCUUGCAGAUGUAGAGCAGAGGAUCCAGUUCAGAUGGGAUUUAUAUUUGAUGCUUUCUGAACACGUGAUUCUUUAUUUUGAUUGAUGAACAUAGCAACGUUUAGCAGCUGUUAUUGUUGUUGUACUAUAGUAUGAAGUACGCAAAGUGUUACACAACACAUGACACUGAAUUUUGAGACUUAAUAAUGAGGUGGUACAGUGAUUGUACCCUGGUACUUUAUGAUAAUCUAGUCUUUAGAUGUACAAAAGUUAGCUAUAUUAUAUUUUAAUUAACUGAAAUGAGUUUAGGAAGUAGUUUAAGAAGAAAUACAUUUUGGAAAGUUGACAUAUUUUGCAAUGUGACAUGAUUUAAACUGCAUUUUCUAUUUUAUAAUUAUGUUUGCUGAGUUCUUAUUAUUUGAAAGACUACAUAAUAUUUGUACUUUUAUUUAUAUAAA